GAUUACCCUCGGUGUUGCUCGACUAACAGAAAAGAAACCCUGAAUAUACAAAAAAAGUUCAGAGCUGCGUUCGUACUUCGGAUGAUCUUACUAAAAACAUCAUUUUAAAAUGAAAGAGGACAAGGAGAAUGCCCGUCCGAGGGAGAAGAAAGUGGAGAUAAAAUGUGAAGAAAACGAGAAGCAAGAAAAGCCUAGUAAAGAGAAGAAGGAAGCGAUGACAAAGAUAGUGGUCCGCCGUCUCCCACCCAGUCUAACUAAAGAGGAGCUAGAGGAGCAACUUCAGCCCCUUCCUGAGGUUGACUACCUGGAAUUCUUCUCGAAUGAUACCAGCCUGUUCCCCCACCUGUUCUCCAGGGCUUAUAUAAAUUUCAAGAACCAAGAGGAUAUUGUCCUUUUCAGAGACCGGUUUGAUGGAUAUGUUUUCAUAGAUAACAGAGGGCAGGAAUAUCCAGCCAUUGUUGAGUUUGCACCUUUUCAAAAGAUUGCCAAAAAGAAGAGUAAGAAGAAAGAUGCGAAAGCUGGCACUAUUGACGAAGAUGCUGACUACAAGAAAUUUUUGGAAUAUUAUAAUGGAGAUGACGAAAAAUUGACAUCUACUCCUGAAACGCUGCUGGAAGAAAUCGAGGCUAAAACAAAAGAGUUAGUUGCAAAAAAAACAACUCCUCUCUUGGACUUCCUUAAAAACAAACAGCGAAUCAGAGAGGAGAAAAAAGAGGAGAGGAGACGAAGGGAAUUGGAGCGUAAGCGACUGAGGGACGAGGAGCGCCGCAAGUGGCGGGAGGAGGACAGGAGGAAGCGCAAGGAGGCAGAGAAGCUGAAAAAAGGAGAGAAAAACCACGAGAAAGACGGAGAAAAAUCUAAGGAAGAGCCAAAGAUUAAGCUCUUGAAGAAGCCAGAGAAAGGGGAUGAUGUGGACUCCGAUAAGCCCAAAGAUAAGGCGAAGAAAACUGAAAAGGACAAGCUGAAGGAUGACAAGGCUCUGGGCGGUACCGACUCAAAGAAGCGGCAGAACAACGAAAACCGUGAGGAUAGGGGAAGGAAGACUGAGGACGAUGGCCGGAAGGAGCACAGAGAUCGGGACGUGGAACGGGAGAGGGAUCGGGAUCGGGAUCGCGACCGGGACAGGGACAGGGACAGGGAGCGGCGUCAGAAAGAGAAGGAGCGCCUGAGGAGACAGGACGAUGAACGACGGAGGAGGAGGGAUCGUCACGAUGGGGAGAACUACCGGAAACGAGACGAGGAUGGAAAGAAGGAGAAAGACCGUGUCUGGGAGAAGAGAAAGAAUGAGAAUGUGGGAGACCCCCCCGGUCAUGGUGAUAAACCCGAGAAGCCCACCAAAGACGAGAAGAAGGAAGAUAGUGCCAAAAGAGACCGUGUACGAAACAAGGAUCGCCCCGCCAUCCAGCUGUACCAGCCAGGAGCCAGAAGCCGCAACCGAGGAGGAGACCUUCCGGCCGCAGAAAGGAAGCCGGAGAGCGAGGCCAAGUGUCCGCGAGAGAAAGCAGAGGACUGAUUUAAACAAACGAGAGGAAGUAGACGAGAGAUGAGCGAGGACCGUGGGGGGUCAGCGCAAACUCGCAAGAGGAUGUGCCUCAGGUCGGCCGGGGCCGGGCCACGCCUCACUCUCCCUCUUCUCCCUCCACGACAUACGUGCCUGUGUCUCCCUCCAGUGCCUGUACCAGCCCCAGUUUUAGCCCCUGCUUCUGAGAGAAGCAAGGGAAAUGUUUCACUAUCCAAAUGUCAGCUCAGAAAUGGGGCUCGCUAUGAGAGGCCAAAGCUCAUUGGACCAAGUGAACCGAAAGUGACCUUACAGAGGACACGGAGCCAAACAUAUGCUGUACUAUGCAGUAGAGUAGCUGUGGUUCAUGUAAUGCAUUUGGAAGGCCUGCUCCUUCGUAAGUAAUGCCUACACACUGUGCCCAAAGAAGGUACAUAUAUAAAGCUCCUCUGCCUUUUUCGAGUGUGAAGGCUCCCUACGACGAUAUCCUGUUCUUCCUUACCUGGUCUGUUUCUUCAGUCUUUCAAAAGCAGUGUAUAUGUGAGUUAAGUUCACCUUUACUGUCAUGUAUGUUGUUCAUUUCUGUGGUCCCAAAGCAUGUCUGCGUAGUUCCGUUCCUAUCAAAAGGAGCAUUUCUUUGGUCAAGCUGUUUGGUUCUGGUUCUGAUGUAGAGCGAAUGUAGAGCUAAUGAUGUGCACGAGGCUGAAUUGUGUGCUACUGCAGCUUACAAGCUUAAUAAUGUACAUUGUAGGGGACAUCUUCUGCUCCUCAAAACUGCUUGUGUGAAAUGAAAGAUGUGUGAAAUAAAGUACGUUUGUAUAACCUG